AUGAGCCAAAAGACAUUACCGGACUACUUUCGACCGGUCAAUGUGCGACAACGGCCUAUUUCCGGAGCCGAUAGGAGAGCAAUACUGAGAGCAACCGCGGAAGAGACUCAAGCCCUUCUCCCUGGCAUUUUAAGUACGGUGCCCCGGGCACCUCCGACAGCACAGUACUGUCCCCGCAUCAAAUAUGCUACUUUGAACCCAAGGUUCAGCCCAAAGCUAUCAACCCAUGUCGAAGUCAUAUUUGGAGAUACGCUCGACAUCGCCAUUAGGGUUAACAGCUCAUCCAGGCAAUUCCGGCAGACUGACACACGGAAUGUGUGCGUUCUGAAUAUGGCCAAUGAAAGGAAUCCAGGCGGCGGUUGGCGUAAUGGAGCUAUGGCUCAGGAGGAGGCUCUUUGUUAUCGAAGCAGCCUCAGCUCCACCCUUAAACACCGAUACUAUCCGAUAGGAGAACGAGAUGCCAUCUAUUCUCCAUCCGUCGUUAUCUUCCGUGAAAGUUUCACACGAGGUCAUGGGCUGAUGGACCUGCAGAAGCCUGAGAAUCUCCCUAUUGUGAGCGUUAUCAGCGUUGCUGCCCUGGAAGGACCAGAGGUGGACUAUACGGCGACUCCACCGACUUUUAAGUUUCGUUCUGAUCGAGAACUGACCAAAGACAAGAUGCGAUCUAUCCUCCGCAUUGCAGGGUAUAAGAAGCAUCGGAGAAUUGUUUUAGGAGCUCUAGGUUGUGGUGCAUUUGCGAACCCAAAUGUUGACGUUGCGCAAUGUUGGUCCGAGGUCCUGCGGGAAACUGAAUUUCAGGGAUGGUGGGAGAAGAUUGUAUUUGCGGUUUUAGAUGACAUGUCCAAAGUUGCCCAGGGUGACAGCAAUUUUGAUGUCUUCCGGGAAAGGCUGCACGGACUGAAGGUAUGA